AUGAACGGCAUUGAGUACGUUUGGCGUUCCAUACAUUCUAAUUCUUCGUCGUCAUCGUCAAUGCUGCAAGCGUCUCAAUCGGCAUCAUUAUCAUCAUCGACAUUAUCAUCAUCACCAUCAUCGCGACUGCUGCCAAUCGUCAUCGGUGUGACGUCAGGAGUGAUGAUGACGAUGACGACGCUGGUGGCUCUCGUGGCAGUCGUCGUGGUAAGACGGAAAAGAAAACGAAAGAAGGAGUGCACGAUGGAUGAUGACGUCAUCAAGAAGAUCACGUGCCAGAUUGUCGAGAUGGAAGCCAGGGUGGCCGAUCAAUGCAAAAUCGGUAACGCCACCCUCGAGAUAGAGUCUCAUAUGGACGAUUUAGAGUCUUUCAUGACGUCAUCAGCCGGCCUGCCGUACCACAGCUUCAAGGUGUACGCCCACUCAUUCCUCUUCCCCGGACAGGAAGUGACGUCACACCGUACCGGCGGCGAUGAUGAUGAUGAUGAUGAUGGCGAUGGUGGUUAUGAUGAUGAUGAUGAUGAUGAUGCUGGCGUUGAUGGUGCUGGUGAUGAUUUUUUCGGAAUUGGUUCUGGAACACCUGAGCUGAACAGGACCGUCGUCUACAAAGCCAACAACAACAUCAACAAAUAUAACAUUAAUCAUUAUAGCAACAACAACAACAACAGCAACAACAACAACAACAAUAGCUGCAAUGCGACUAGCAACAACAACAACGACCAAAACAGCAAACAUUUUAAUCACAUCAGCAAUAAAAGCAGUAACGACCGCAAUAAUAUGAACCGCCUUAAGAACAAUCGUCUGUCAAAUGCCGAUUAUAUUGCGCGCUACAACAACAAUAACGAUGACGUCAUUAAUGCCGACAACAACAACAACAGUAAAAACAACGACUCUCUCAGCAAAAAUCAUUUCAAAUUUCAAAAGCACAAAAGAAAAAAAUAUUUCAUUCACAGCAGCAGCAAAAACGCCAGCAUCGACGCCAACUACACCAACAACCACAUCUACAACAAGUUGCAAUCGCACAAUAGUAGCUACUACCCUUCCUCUUCAUCUUCAUCAUCCUCUUCCAUUCCGAGCAACAAAAAAUGUGCCAUGUUGCAGUUGCAGAAACUCUUUCUCAACAAGAUAUUCCUGUUGAGUUUUGUGUCGGUAAUUGAAGAGAAACAAUCGUACAGCACGCAACGGAAGUCUCGAGUAGCCGCGUUAUUGUCUAUGUUGCUUUUCAAGCACGUUGAAUAUCACCUCGAGUGA